GAGAAGAGUUUCUCCAACUCCAGCAGAGGCGUUACCCCUCCUUUUCCCUUCUUCGCAUCUAGUUCUCUUUGAGGGAUGUGACGCUCCGAAAGCCCCUGCAGGAAGCACGUUUCUGUUCCUAAAGACAGGCUGAGGCCUAACAGGGCUCUCCUAGUCUGGAUGACUUCAGCUGAACUUUGGCAGAGCCGUAGAUCCCACUGAGGAUUGGAGGCUUAAGCUGCUGUGCUCUUGUUUGCUCUUGGCUUCAAAUGCAGCUCUGAGGCCUCUUGCCAGGGUCACAAGUACUUUUUCUCAUGAGCAGCUCGAGCGAUCGUAGCUUGGGCCAUAAGAAAGCAGGAAAAAACGUAUCUUGCUCAGCAAUAUUAAUUUGGAAAGAUGAUCUGCACUUCGGAAAGCUGGAAGGAACAAGCUAGAAGAAAGUCUUCUCUUUUUCCUGAGAAUUAACAAAGCUUAAUUAGUGCCUCCUUUCUUCAGUAUCUAUUGUCUGAGAAAUGGGCUGCCAUUCUCACAAACCUUUUUGGCUUGGAUGGACCUAGGAGAAAUGUCUUCCCAGGAAGGUUUGUUACCAGCUGGACACAAGAUCAUGGAGGGAAAUGUCUCUACUGAAAAAAGAAAGGGCUGCAUAAAGCAGUGUGUUAAAAGUACUUCUAGACCCAAACAGCCUGACAAGCGCCCUGAACAUGUAAAUAAUUUUUCUCUCAGUGGGCCAACCUGGAUUCCAGUGGGACAGAAAGGGUCUAUAAGUAAGUCCACUUCUGUUUUGGAGUCCAAGGUUAAAGCUCUGAAAGAGAGAAGGAACCUCAUAAACAGGCAACCUGAAGCAACACCUCAGGAAGAGGCAUCUCUGAAGAAGGCCAAAGCCUGCAAAGGAGAGCCACCAACAGAGCCUGCUCUUCAGAAUGCAGUAGUGGAGCCACAAGCUCAGAUCCGCACUUACUUGACAGAUGUGCUGCUGGACAGCACUGACUAUCCACAUCAGAUGCAGGAGGAAUCUCAGGGAACAAUCCUUCCACAUCCAUACAUCAAUGAUUCUGAAACACAAUCUAUGGGAACAGAAGACUCCACAGGGAUGAGCUCACCAAAAGAAUUCAGGAGGCUCCCAGAAAGAAAUAUACCAGAUAAAAAGAGUUCUUUAGGAAGCACUACAAAAAAAGCAUCCUUAAGUGCCAUCUGUGGAACUGGCUCUUUAAAGGAUAUUUCCUUUAUCCCAAAAUCUUUUGAAGAAGCAAAUGGUAGAGAAGACCCUCUCAUUCGGCCGAAGGAGUUAGAAAGCAAUUCCUCUAUGAAAGAAAAUGACACCUCUGAGAUGGCAUCAGCUGGGAGGAUUUGGAGAACGGAUAGCUGGGACAGUCUUGGCAGCGGCAGUGGCAAUUUCAGUACUUUGUCUUUAGCAGAGAGAGUGGAAAGAAACCGGUCUAUGUUGCAGGAGAUGCUGAGCACAUCACAACUGAAUAGCCAUUACUCACAGGAACUGCAUACUCUGAAUAGUUACAGGAAAGAAAUCCCGGACCUUGGAAAUGAUGGGUCUAAAAAUGAGAUUCUGCUGAAUGAUGGAGACUGGGAUUCUAGUGUCUCCUUACAGGAUUCUAAAGGCUACCGGGUCUUUGUUCCUAACCAGGAGCUGGAGCUGAGCCCCAGGCAUGAACAGGCCAAGCAGCUGCUGCAGAGGGCACGUAUGAAGGCCAGGACAAACCCCCUCCGAGCCAGCCAUAACAUCCUGCCUACCGCCCCCCCAGAAAAGAGGGGUACUUGUAGAUUCUCUCCUGCAGAUGCAAAAGACUUUGCUUUGAACGAUAGAAAUAUCCAUACUAGUGGAAACCAGAGUGAUUCAUCUAGUGGAGAAUCCAGCUGUGGGCAGCAGAGAAAGCGAGGGCCAUCUCCUUCUCGGGUGCGUUUUGAGGAUGAAUCUGCAAGGGAUGCUGAGGUUCGUUAUCUGGAACGCCUGCAACAACGCCAGAAACGGCCCUUAGAUUCAGUUCUCUUAUCUCUUGGCCGGGGCCCACUGCUCUCCAAACCAGAUCUUUCUGACUAUAUAAAUGGUGACCUCCAGCGUAAAGAUGGUAACGUCAGCAAACCUGUCUGGGAACAUCAAAGCAUGGGACAGGUAGCAAAAAUGCUUACUCACCAGAGCAACAGAGGGUGCUCUGAAAAAGGGAAGCCUCUGCAGGAAAAUAAAGAAAGGAAAUGUAGUGCCUGUGGGUCUUAUAUCAACGAUUCAGCAGACACUAGAGUCAAGCAAACUGGGAAUGGCAAGCAUGAGAGUGCUAAUGUCCUUCAUGGAGGCAGUGAUGCUGUUCACACUAAUGGAAACAAAGAGCUUGGUGCUUCCCAGGAGAACUCACGAACAAAGUCUCUGGGUCCCAAAGGGACUCCAUUGUGGAUCCUUCCUUCUCGGCAGCGUGUUUAUACAGAAUGCAUCAGGGAGACAUAUAUUGGGGAAGUUACUUGCACUGAAGAUGUGGACUCAGCUUUAGGCAGUACCACUGACACAUCAGACAGCUACAGGACAGACAGUGAAGAAGCUGGCAUCAGUGGUCAGCAAUUUGGAAUCAAAAAUUGGCUUGGUGUCCCCAGGCCAUUGUAUCCUUCAGAGAAGAAAGCCAAUACUGUUACCAGGGAUAGGCACUGGGAAAAUGGCAGCUGCAAAACUAGUGAAGAAGUUAUCUGGGGUAACAUUCCUAACGUAAGCAGAAUGGACAUUGGGUCAAAUACUGAUGAAGCAAACAACUGCAGCUUGCAGGGGGACUCUGAGGUAAGAGAUCAGGUGACCCAAACCACCGUUUCCAGAAGCAACCAACUGGUAGAUCUGUGUCAAGUGGCGAAGGAAGACAAAGCCAAAGCACAAACAAGAGUACAUGGUGCCCAAUUGAGGGAACCCAUAUCUCCCAUCUAUUCUCAGCAGCUGCUUUCCCAUGAUGGUGUAGAAGAUCCUAUGAACAGACCAGUCAAUAAUUUAUGUCAAGCCGAGCAGCAAACAAAACAGGUGGCCACCAGCUACAAUGUAAUGAAUCUAAUACCAGCACCCCCUAUUAAUGGAAAAGUCCACUCCUCCCCCAUGAAUUAUAGGAGAACUGUUUUAACAGGCAGCUACAAGUUGAUCAAACAGGAUCCUGGGCAUAUAAACAAAACCAACCAACCAUCAAUUUCAGCUGCCUCUAGUGGUUUCCAGGAUGUGGGUGUAUCUGGGCUGGAGGAGCAUAAUGGCCAGCAGAAUCCAGGAAUACUCUCCAAACAUCUGGCUUUGUCCUCCAAUAAUCACAAUAACAUAUCUACCAAGCCAGAGCUCCAAACCUUAAUAACUGGCAGAGAUGAGCAGCUUCAGGAGAGUGAGAAGAAGGGAAAAAAUCAAGUAGGUCCAUCAUCCUCAACGUGUGGUGUUCCCCCUGUUGCUCCCAAUGUCAUCAGUUCCACUGCUAUUAAUCUCUCCUUGACAACUGAAGAGACCAACUUCACAAUCUCCACUAAGUCAAUCAUUAGAGAAGCUCCAGUAGCAGAGACGCAGAAGAUAAAACCCGGGCAAGCAAAUAUUAUUCAACGCAAACACUUAGAAGUCUACCCAAAGAAGCAGCAAUCCACCAAGAAAGUAGAAGUCUCUUCUACAUCAGGAUUAAAAAAAUUCUUCACCACUCUGAGUCAGAGCACCAAACAAAGAUUGGGCAGAUUCCGAUGUUAUAGCAUGGAACAGCUUUCUAUGCCAGAAUCAGGAGCUGCAAUUCCCAACAUGGAACCUGGUCCAGAUACCACCUGUUCUCCAAAAAUGAAGAAAGUACCUUCCCUACAGUCCUUACAGAUGGUGUCGCCUUUCUACCAACCAAGAAAAGCCUCUUCUGUUCAAAAUCUGCAUUCCUUUUUGGGCAGGAACAAUCGGUCCAAUGUCUACCUGGUGGGGGAACCAAAGGAUGAGGAAGCUUUUCCUAACAGGAAAACAAGGACACAGCAUAGAAGAUCCCUUAGCGUAGAGGACAUUGGAUCCCCCAACUUGGUGAGAACUGUUGGGCGGGUGAUAGCGAUUUUUCCCGAUGGAACUAGCCAAUUAGAAUUGGAGCGCUCCCCACAAGGCAACUUUGGGUUUCGUGUUUCUUCAGGGAAUGGUCGGCCUGAUACAGGUAUCUAUGUUCAGGAGAUGGCAGACACCAGUACAGCUAAACUCUAUGCUGGACUCCUAGAAGUCGGGGAUGAGAUACUUGAAGUAAAUGGUGCCAAGGUUGCUGGGCUGGGCCUAGCCCGGAUCAAUGAACUGCUCUUGUGGACAGAGACUCUCUCCCUUAGGGUGCUGAGGCAGAGACCUGUUCGGCAGUAGCAGAAGGCAAGAUGCUUGCGAGGGAAGCUUGAACGGGCAGCUUGUCUUGUGAACAGUGCAAGGAACUUCUGGUGCCUCUUAAGCCUACCUGAGACUUGGAGUUUUCAUCUCUGUCUCAGUGCUUUUAUGACUUGGAUGUGGAUGGAGGCACAAUCCAACCCCAUGGGUUAUCCUGUAAUUGAAGCUGGUGUGUAUUAAAUAUUUAAUUUAUGCAAAGAUUGGCCAUGCAAUCUGGAUUCUCUCCAUCACCAAGGAAUAGGAAUUAGAUAUCUGGCAUUACCCUGCACAUAGAAUCAGGUGGGCAUCAGGUAACAAUUUGUGGUUAAAGACUUAUCUUUUGACCACCAACGUCCCCAUAAACCCUUUACUUAAAAAUUGGAGGAUGCUGGAUCAUCUUAAAUUCAUAUUGUAAGCAUAACAAGUUGGGUGUGUUCAUAAAAGCUUUUUAAAAACAUUCAGGCUAAUAAUUUGCUUUUGCUCUAAAUAUAGCUCAUUGUUUGAUAUCAU